AUGGCCACCGCAGUAACACCAACCACAACCGAUUCCGCUACCCCAGCCACACCAUGGCGAACGACCACCGUUCAAGGUGAUCUCGGCGUGCUCACCUACGAACCGUUGCAUCAACCGACGAUCGAGGAUUGGGUCAAGAGUCCCGAGGCGGGGGCGGUGGUGACCUUUGUCAGUCGAGAUGAAAAGGGGCAGACUGAAUCCGGGUAUUUGGCGAGCUGAUUCGGGUGGGUUCUUACGUGUGGAUUGUAUGACUACAGACGGGUUACACCAGGGAUUCGUUCCGAGGUCCGUUGAAAGCUCGACCCCCACUUUCCUAGGCCGGUCGAGAGGACUGAUCCUCUCCCCGAAAACCCAUACCGACUCAUCACGCACCCAUGUUAUCUCUUCUCUCGUCAUAACCAGAAAAAACGGUGACCCACCUCGAAUACGAGAGCUACGCUUCCCUAGCGCUCAAAACGCUACAUUCGGUGCUCGAAGCCGCUCGUCGUCUUCCCCGACCCUUCUCCGAACCCCACGCAGGAUGUACGCACGACGGUCCGACCGAACGAAGCUCCCACUCGCAUUCGACAACGUCUCCCUCUGCCCCCAAAGUAGAACCCAUCGACCUGACCCGGAUCGCAGCCUACCACCUCCUCGGCCCUUGUCCGGUCGGCACCCCCAGCAUCAUCAUCUCCGUUUCCUCCCCUCAUCGCAAGGAAGCGUUCGUCGCUUGUGAGUACGUGUUGGAGCAGAUCAAGGACAGGGUACAGGUUUGGAAGAGGGAGUUCUAUAAAGCGGAUUCUGGCGAUGGGGAGCAACGGAAGGUCUGGGUUGGUGGGGAUGGGAAAGGGCCCGAGGAUGAGGCCAAGGAGCGGCAGGGGGGAGCGAAGGGACCGAGUUGGGAGUGGAAGGCGAAUAAUGGACCGAUAGCGCAUGAGCAGGGGAUACCGAAGGAGGACUGA